GCCAAAUAAAAAGUGAAAACCGGAAUACAAAAAUAUUAUUUUAAGUUUAUUUUUAAAAUAGUUAUGCAAUAUUAAAAAUCGACUAUUAUAAAUAAAUGCUAACCACCUGAAGUUGAAGGUUAUCUUUUGUAAUCGCGAAGUAUAUUUUCAAAUCAAGAAGAAAGAAUACCUAUAGUUUUUGCUGUAUUGACCAGUUUUUUUUAUUAAUAUUGGAAGAAAAUUGGUUUCAGAUAUUUGUAAAAAGAAAAACAUGUUGAAAUAUAAAGUAAGACAGGUUUCAAGGUUUCAGGUUCUAGCCAAUAUGUUCAAAAACAUUAAAUUUACCAAUCAAUUUACUCGUAAUAAUUAUACACAAGAAGCUUCUCUACCUAACAAAAUUGAAAAAACAAUUAAUAAAGUCACACUCUUGGGACGAGUUGGGGCAGAUCCACAAAAACGAGGUACAGAUGAUCAUCCUGUUGUUGUAUUUUCAUUGGCUACACACCAAAAUUAUAUUAACAGUAAUGAAGAAAAUACUCAAAAGACUGACUGGCAUCGUAUUGUUGUAUUUAAACCUGGAUUACGAGAUACCGUAUACAAUUACCUUCAAAAAGGACAACGUAUACAUGUUAGUGGAAGGAUAAUGUAUGGUGAAUUGAAAGAUGAAUCUGGUAAUUCUCGAACAACAACAUCUAUUGCUGCUGAUGAUAUUAUAUUUUUUAAUUCAAAAAACUAAAAUCAUACAUUUAAAUUGAAUUUAAUUGAUGCCAUAUUAUAUUUAAAUUUUUCCUUUAGUUCAUAGAAAAGAUACAUCAUGAUUUUAGUUAUUACUUAUAUUUUUAUGAUUCAAUAUUUUUUCUAAUUUAUUAAUAAAAUUUAAUACAAAAAAAAAAAAAAGAUUUAUAUUUUAUACUAAUACUUUAAAUUAUUACAAAUAUUAUAUUAGUAAUAUGAGGUGUAAUUUAGUUUGAGUAAUUGCGUAAUUCAGGCUUCAAAAAUUAUUUCAUUUGAAUUGUAUAUUAAUUAUAACUAGGGACCGGAUUUAUAUGCAAAUGCAUAUAUGUAU